GAGGCCCUAAAGGACACUUACAAGCAUCUUCAUUUCAACUUACACCCUAGACUAUGCUCAAUAGUAACCCUUUCAUAUGACGAAAAGGUGAAUGAAACAUCUACAUAAUGGCGCCACCAACAGAUCUGGAUCUAGAUCCGGAUGAUCCUCCCCCUUCGUACGCCGAGGCCACGAGCACGAGCCGUCACCGUCAUCGCAACAGCAACAACAAUCAGAUUGACGCCAGACGCUACACCCUUGCCACCAUCUCAAGCACGAUAAUCCAACCCGUCUAUGCUCAUAUCAGAAGCAGGAUCGACGAACCAAUCUUUCCCCAGGCCUUCUCCUUGUAUUGCCAAAGCCUACAACACUAUACGAUUGGGGAGGGCCAGGUGUCGCCGCUCUAUGCCGUUUCAACGCAUGGGUUCGGCAUGCGACCUGACAUGGUCAUUCACAGGGGCAUUUCAAGGGAUUCGCCACCCCUAGCAACGAUAGAUCACCAACCAUUCAGCCACUCGACAACCAUCACGCUCCCAGCACGCCAAGGAUCGGGGUUCCUCGUGGCUCAUGAGCUCCUCGAGUCCGUCGGCGCGUUCACGCGGAUCAUGAGUUUCAGCAUCGAGACGAACGCCUCGGGCCGGGGCAGAGAGCGCUUCGAGUGGCGGCACAGCCGCGGCUUCGAGGUCGAGACGCUCGGCGGGCGGCAUUCGGGGUGGAAGCUCGUACGCGUGUCGAAUCCGCCUCUGUCGAUACUACACCCCUCGUCUCUGUAUGCGCCCUUGAAGAGGAAGUAUAGCAGCAAUGUGUUAGGGCAGAGCAGCGACGGGAAAGAGGUUGUGGCGGUGUGGUCGGAAGUGAGUUGGUCCAUAACAAAAGUCCUGCGCUUCAGAUUCCUUGGGACAGGCGCGGAUGGGUCGCUCGGGGAUCGUUGGGCGGUCAUGGCUGUUGCAUCGGCAUUGGCCAUUUGGUAUCGCGAGAGGAGGUCUACCAGUGCGGGUUUCUGAUAAUGGAGGAUUGUUGUUGUGUGCGUUUCAAAGGAAUUCGAUUGAAGGACUUUAUACAUAACCGAGGGGGCCAAAAACCACGUCACAAAGUCUAUAUUUACAUAAUAUUCACUUUCAAUAGCAGUAUUACCUGUCAACGGCCUGAUCUUUGCUUGGUUUCAGCUAUGACUCAAAAGUCUACACAGUGUAUUCUCAAUGCAAAGAAAAUAUCAAUUGGC